AUGUACUCCCGCACCUCCAUCUUGAGCAGAAGCUGCCGGUACUUCUUCCGCGCCCCCGUUCACCAGCGACAGACCUUUUCGAUCUCCGCGCGCUCCUUCGCAGCCGUCAACGCAGCCAUGGCCGACGCUACCGCAGGUGUGACCGCCGACGGACUGAAGAGCAAGUUGAUCGAGCAGUUGCAGGCACAGCAUGUUGAGAUUGAGGACCUUUCGGGCGGCUGUGGCCAGGCAUUCCAGGCGGUGAUCGUAUCCCCGCAGUUCGAGAAGAAGACCAUGCUCGCUCGUCACCGGUUGGUCAACUCGGUUCUGAAGGCGGAGAUCGCGGCCAUCCAUGCGUGGACGCCCAAGUGUUAUACCCCUGAGCAGUGGCAGGCUUUGCAGCAGUAG